AUGCCGCUGGCGAUUGCGGUCAUCGUCACGGGCAUAGCCGCGGUCGUAUUCGUCCUGCCUGCGCUUCUCGCCGGAGCGAUGAGUAUCCUCCAUGGACGAGGCAGAGAUGACAUAGAAGCAGGCCCUACGACAGAUACCAGCACAGAUGAUCAGCAUAUCAACAUGACUCAGGUCGUAGCAUCGACUCAGCAUGCAUCGACAAGCGCACAGCCGCUACCCUAUAUACCCGCCUCAAGCCCCUCGCUAUGGGCAGAGCUCCCUUCCUUGCCCUGCAGUGUAGAAGCAUUGUCUCAAAGGCACAAGCACGUUCAAGAGCAUCAGAUAGACCUAUCAAGGCUCUUUGAUGACGAAGAUAACCAUAUCGAUGAUCUAGACAGAACCGGUAAUGGCGCGGAAGAAGCUACCCUCAGCCCUCCUUCGAACGCCGGACAACGAAGCGCAACGACUUCAGUAGAUUCAGAGGUCAGAGCCCCAGCUCCGAUGAGAGACCCCUUUGAGCUCUUCGACGUCGGUUCUCCUUGGACUCAGGCCAACAUCUCCACACAGUGGCAGAGGCGCCUAUGGCUUGGCAAAGCUGCUGGAGGCGACCCCAGCAGUGAUGAUGCCAUUGAUACUACCAACGAAGAGCCGAGACAGCAUCGACAACAGCGGCAGAAGGAGUGCAAUGAGCCUAUACCCGAGCUUCGACAAAGCAAGAAGAAGAGACAAUCUAGAGCCAUUCAGGUCGUCGACGCGCCCCGACAGCAAGAGUCGACGUCUGUACGCGAGGUACCCACGAGACCAAAGAAGACAAGACUGGCUGUGGAGCUCUCAGACGAAGACUCGGAUGAGGAUCAGAGCUGUCAGGCGGGCCCGUCGAUGUCACGUCGCCAUUCUUCACCACUACGCCCUGAGUCUUUGCCUCAGGCAAAGCAAUCACUUGCGCCCUUACAACGAGCUGUCAGCCCUCCUCGUGCUGCCGCUCAGACUCCCCGACCAAGACCUAGGCCAAGGGUAUCGUCAGUGCGAGCUACGGGACCUACUACUCAGACGUCUCGCGGAGCACCACUGGCGGCGACAGACUCGGAAGAUGAUGCGCCCAGUGCUACGCAGUUCUUCACGCGCCAGAAGAGACGGCGACUGAGCCCUGAUGGCCAGCUAGACCAAGGGGAAGGGGGAAAAUCGCAACCACGGGCUCCAACGCCAAUAGCGAACGAUCCUCUUACAGUCGAUCUGGAGACGCCCGAAAUGGAGAGGAUGGGGGGCAGAACAAUCCUUCCAAGCAGCUUUGGACUUCCCGUCACUGAACCUGUCCUCAUUCGACUCUCGAUGCCUCAAGCAGAGUCACAAGCAUCAGAAUCCACUGCGCUAAGUCCAGAAGUCGCAAACACUGGCAACUCUACGACGCUCGCUCUCAAUGAUCGUACUGUGAGCUUCGGCCAGCUGAGCAAGGAUGAUGAGGAUGCGUUGGAGAGCUUUGUCGAAGGUAUGGAUUCAGAUGACGAAGGGGACGGGACGCUCGGCGCACAAACAAUGGACGUUCGAGAAGCUCUCGCUAUUCCUGUCGCGAGUGCAAACGCGACAGCAAGCCAUCUGCGGCCACCCUCGCCAAGGAGAAGUCCAAGCCCAUUACAUCGAACAUCAGCAGAGGCAUGGUUUUCUGCCUCCCCUUCUCCACCUCCCCUCAUCGAGGAUUACGACAACGACGACGACGACCCUUCAAUCCCCUCUGGCCUCGCUCCCCUCCUUACAGACCUAGACGAAGAGAAGCGUCGAGGGUACUUUGCCCAAUUCGACUCCCUGCUCGGUCAAGUCUCAGCAGGCUCGCGCUCUCUCCCCCGAGCACGCACGUCCGCAACCGCUAACAUCUGGGCAGGUGAGAGCGGUAGAGACGAGGAGGAAGGCGUCGGCAUCGAGUGGCCCACCACUCCCUCUGCUCGCUUCGGCAGUGCGGCUCUAGCAGGAAGGGCGCUAGGUCGAGCAGAUUCGGACAGUAGACUUCUUCCCAAUCGAUUUACUGGGUUCAGUAGACCAAUCGUCUCUUGUAGCCAGCUACUAGCUGCCGAUGUCGCUACCGCAGAUGAGAACCGAGACGCUGACGAAACUGCCCUCGACUCGCCUUCUGUCCGAGGUCCUCGACGUCCAGCAGGCAAUAAUACCAGUGGCCUCCUGCCUCGCUCCCGGAAUAGUGCCGGUAUGGGCCUUGUGCGCAAGACGUGGGGUUCCACCUGGCGAGAGGACGGCACGCGUCUGACUCAGACCCAGACCCAGACCCAGUGGUGAGGGGAGCGGUACAGAGGGAGAAGGAGAGGGAGAUGUGGGCUGAUUUGGAGGUGCAUUCGGGGAGGGAGGAGAGGGAGAGAGAGGUGCAGGGGAGAGGGGGAGGGGUUGUGAAGCGCUUUGGGA